ACAAGCAUACUCGGCAUGCUAAACUCAACGUCAUCAGGUCCGAGCUCCCUAACCAAAUUUAAGCUUUCGAACCUCGAUCUUCCAAAUUCCCAAUACUGCAUGAACAGUGAAAACACCUACCUAACCCUCACCCCUCAUUUAUCGCUCCAACCACCACCACCAAAAUGUCAUUCCUCAUCUCAAAGUGCCUACCACGCACUCUCGUCCGCAAAACCCCUCAUGUUUCUCCGCUACGCACUCCUUUCGGUAAGCAUACGCAACGAACGCUCUUAGCGGGGUUCUCUACACGAAUUCCGUCCAGAAAAUCAACUGCUGCACAAUGUCCACAGCGUACAUCAUUAUGCAUCCCUUCUCCACCGCAUAGCCUGAACUCCGGGAGAAGAGGCUAUGCAACUGCGACACCGGCAGAUGCAAUAAUCGAAGAUUUGACCGAACAGUAUGGAGUUGCGCGGGACGAAUUCGAGAUCGCAAGCGAAGAAACCGACAAACAUUCCGUAUAUGCCGAAGCCGACCGCGCAGCCGCAGUAGAGGAAUUGCAGAAAUUAAAAGAUAUGUAUACCUCUGCGAUUGAGGGGGAGUAUGGAGAGGAAAUCAAACGACGUGUGGGAUCGAGGGUGAGGGAGUUGGAACAGGGGGUUGCGGCGCUGGAAGCACGAGCGCUGGAGGAUCAUUAGAUUGACUGGGGAGAGGAGGGGAGAUUCUAAGCAAUUGAGAUAUGAGCGAGCAUGAGGGACACUUUCAUGGCGGAUAUUAAGUUCUCGGGAUUGAAGAAAAAGGAGGAUGUGGCAUUGAGAUUGCGGAUACAAAAAUUAUUGCAUAGCGGAAGUGGCGGAUUUAUGGGAGGUUUAAAUGAGCGGCGAAUAUACUUGCACUCGAUAGGUUGCCAUUUUUUUCAUGAUGAAAGACUUACAUAAACGGACCACAUGCUUCUUUGGAUUUUGAUGCGUGUCAGAUGCAAAAAUGAAUCAAUGUCCGGAUAGGCCAUGAUGCCUCAAGAACUCAUCAAAGGCGAUUCUAAACUCAGUCAAUCUUGCGUGGAACAUUGCAUACAUGUUCAGAAAACUUAUGUAGUUUUAAUUAUUUCUGCUUAUCAUCAUUA